AAUGCCCAAGUUCAGCAUGCCCGGCUUCAAAGCAGAGGGCCCUGAGGUGGAUGUGAACCUGCCCAAGGCCGACAUUGAUGUCUCAGUGCCCAAGGUUGAUAUUGAUGUUCCAGAUGUGAAUAUCGAAGGUCCAGAUGCAAAAGUGAAGGGCCCCAAGUUCAAGAUGCCUGAGAUGAACAUCAAGGCCCCCAAGAUCUCCAUGCCUGACCUUGAUUUACACCUGAAAGGCCCCAAAGUCAAGGGGGACGUGGACGUGACUGUGCCCAAGAUAGAAGGUGAGGUGAAGGUUCCAGAUGUGGACAUCAAAGGCCCCAGGGUAGACAUUGAUGCUCCAGAUGUGGAUGUGAAAGGCCCAGACUGGCACCUGAAGAUGCCCAAGAUGAAAAUGCCCAAGUUCAGCAUGCCUGGUUUCAAAGCAGAAGGUCCUGAGGUGGAUGUGAACCUGCCCAAGGCCGACAUUGACGUCUCAGUGCCCAAGGUUGAUAUUGAUGUUCCGGAUGUGAAUAUCGAAGGUCCGGAUGCAAAACUGAAGGGUCCCAAGUUCAAGAUGCCUGAGGUGAACAUCAAGGCCCCCAAGAUCUCCAUGCCUGACCUUGAUUUACACCUGAAAGGUCCCAAAGUGAAAGGAGAUGUGGAUGUUUCUCUGCCCAAAGUAGAAGGUGACCUCAAGGGCCCCGAACUUGAUAUCAAGGGCCCUGGUGUGGACAUUGAUGCUCCUGACGUUAGUAUUGAAGGUCCAGAAGGAAAAUUAAAGGGUCCCAAAUUUAAAAUGCCAGAGAUGCACAUGAAGGCCCCCAAGAUUUCCAUGCCUGACUUUGAUUUAAAUCUCAAAGGGCCAAAGUCAAAGGGGGAGGUGUCUCUUUCACUACCUAAAAUGGAAGGUGAUAUGCAGGGGCCAGAGGUGGACAUUGAAGUUCCUGAAGGCAAACUCAAAGGUCCUAGAUUUAAGAUGCCUGAUGUCCAUUUCAAAACCCCACAAAUCUCCAUGAGUGACAUUGAUUUGAACUUGAAAGGACCUAAGGUAAAGGGAGAUGUGGAUGUUUCCAUUCCCAAACUAGAAGGAGAUCUGAAAGGCCCUAAGGUGGACAUGGACCCUCCGGACAUUGACAUUCAGGGUCCAGAAGGGAAACUAAAAGGCCCCAAGUUCAAGAUGCCUGAUCUGCACCUCAAGGCCCCCAAGGUCUCCAUGCCUGAAGUUGACCUGAAUCUGAAGGGUCCAAAGCUGAAGGGUGAUGUGGAUGUUUCUUUGCCCAAAGUAGAAGGUGACCUCAAGGGGCCUGAAGUUGACAUCAAAGGGCCCAAGGUGGACAUUGAU